AUGGCCACGCACGACGAGCCGACGGUAACACCACAGGUCAACAAGAUUAGUAUCCGCGUCCCGCCAUUCUGGCCUGAACAGCCAGCCGUGUGGUUUAAACAGUUGGAAGCGCAAUUCCAAUUAAAUGGCAUAACGGCAGACUCAACGAAAUUCUACCACACAAUAUCGCAACUGGAAAACAAGUACGCGGCAGAGGUGCACGACGUUAUAUGCAACCCGCCAGAGCGAGAAAGAUACGAAACUAUAAAGCAAGAGUUGAUACAUAGAGUAUCGACAUCGCAGACCAGGAAGAUCCAUCAACUGCUGGAGAAGGAGGAAAUAGGUGACCGGACUCCGUCGCAAUUCCUCCGGCAUAUUAAGACGUUGGCAGGCGAUACGGUAUCGGAAGAAUUUUUAAGGACACUAUGGUCUAGUAGACUUCCAGCGACUACACAGGCCAUUGUGUCACCGCCACCGCAGGUAGCCGCCGUCGCCAACCAGACACCUGACCCAAUGCAGCAACGGUUGGAGAAAAUGGAAUUUCAAAUCGCCGAGCUGACAAAUCUCCUACGUCGACAACAAGUAGCAGUGCAAGGAACCAUGCACGUACACGUCGGGAAACGAGGCAAGCCGGAACUGAACGAGGCAAUCAGUGACGGACCGAAGACCAGCCGCCUCUUCAUUACCGACUGUGAGACGAGGACAGAAUACCUCGUGGACACCGGCUCGGACCUGUGCGUAUAUCCUCGUACGCGUAUCACAGGCCAAGUCAAGAAGACGCCGUACGAGAUGUUCGCGGCCAACAGAUCGACCAUCAGCACGUAUGGUGUGAGGGUGCUCAACCUGGACUUGGGACUUCGACGAGCGUUCCGGUGGAGCUUCGUCAUCGCUGACGUAUCCAAGCCCAUCAUCGGCGCAGACUUCCUCGCACACUACGGGCUUCUGGUGGAUCUGCGGAAUCGCAAGCUGCGGGAUCCACUGACCACGUUGACAGCAACCGGGAGGAUCGCCACGCACGAGCAGGGAUCCGUCAAGACUAUCAACGGGACAUCGCCGUACCACGCGAUGCUAGAACGGUUCCCGGACCUCACGCGACCAACAACAAUUCCUCGCGAGAUAAAGCAUAAUGUAGUACACCAUAUUUGUACAUCUUCUGGGCAACCGACUUUCUGUAAACCACGUAGACUGUCGUCAGAGAUGUACAAAAUAGCAAAAACGGAAUUCGAGAAUUUGAUGAGUCUCGGCCAGAUCCGAUCUUCGAGGAGCCAAUGGGCUUCCGCCCUACAUAUGGUCCCGAAGAAGGAUAACGGCUGGAGACCUUGCGGAGAUUAUCGCGCGUUAAAUUCUCGUACCGUACCCGAUCGCUAUCCGAUUCCGCACAUAGAAGAUUUCGCGCGUACGCUGUCCGAGAAAACGAUAUUCUCGACCAUCGAUCUGGUGCGAGCAUACCACCAGAUUCCGGUACAUCCAGAUGAUAUUCCAAAAACCGCGGUCACUACACCUUUCGGUCUUUUCGAAUACACUGUUAUGCCGUUCGGGCUGAGGAACGCUGCUCAGACGUCCCAACGUUUCAUCGAUGAAGUAUUGAGAGGCCUCGAUUUCUGUUACGCGUAUCUAGACGAUAUUCUAGUUGGAUAUUAUAUAUUCAUGGUAGAUGAAUGGGCAGAGAGCGAUGCUAAAAUCUUAAUCACGUACUUUAUAGCACUCGUUGCUAUUGUUUCUAAUACAUUUAUACUCUGUUAUAUCAGCGACAGGCUGACAGAACAGUGCUUGAAAGUUGGUGAAGUGGUUUACAUGACAGAUUGGUAUUAUCUGCCACAGAGAAGAAUCCUCGAUUUAAUUCUGAUCAUUAAACGAUCGAACAUGGUCGUUGAAAUCACCGCUGGAAAAGUAUUACAUAUGUCGCUUUACACGUUCGGCGAUGUAGUAAAAACAGGAUUCGCCUACUUGAAUAUGCUUUGUCAAAUGUCCUGA